AUGGUCCUGACCAUGGCGGCUAUCACUCUCAUGCCGCUGCUGGUGACGCUUCUGGCCGCACCAGCCACGGCGGCCGCCGCGCCCGUCCGCCGUUGCCCGACGAGCUGCGGCCUGAUCGACUUCUCCUACCCGUUCGGCGUAGGCCCCCGGUGCUCGCUGCCGGGGUUCAACCUCACCUGCGACGCCAACGGGCGCCUCCUGCUCGGCAGCCCCAGCGUCACGGUGGACUACACGAUCUUGGCGAGCGGCUUCAUUUCCUCGCUCGCCGUCAACAUCGUGCGCACGGUGCGCAUGGGACCCCGCGCCGGCGUCGGGACGGUCUCCGCCUCAUGGGACGGCCCCGGCAGGCCGUUCGCCAUCUCCGGCACGUCUAACAUGUCGCUGUUCGUCCUCGGCUGCGGCGUCACGGCCACGCUGCUCGACCGUGGGGCUGCGGUGGGGAACUGCUCCGUGGCCUGCGCCGGGGAGGAGGUCAUGCGGAGGCUGCCGGACGGGCUCUGCGUCGGCGUGGGCUGCUGCCGCAUCAAUGUACGCGUACACCUCCGGGCGUUCACCGUGAACUUGUCACGCACCGGCGACGGUGUAAGCCGGGACAAACUGACCUUCUUCGUCACCGGCCAGGGCAGGUACACGUUCCGGCCCAGCGAUCUGGAGCGUGACAUUCAUCCCGACAUGGUCCCUCCGGCUCGGCUGGACUGGGCCAUCCCUGGCCAGCCAGACUGCCGGCACGCCAUGGACGACAGGGUGACAUAUGCCUGUGUCAGUAACCAGAGCGAGUGCCGGGACUCGCCGAUCGGAGGCUACGCCUGCCACUGCUCCCGGGGCUUCUCCGGCAACCCCUAUGCCGUCGAUGGCUGCGUGCCAGACCAAGUUUAUGGCUCCAUUCAGCCGAAGGCGAACUGUCCGACGAUGUGCGGGAACGUGAGCGUUCCAUUCCCCUUCGGCACAGAGCUGGGCUGCUUUGCCAGGAUCCAUCUUUACCUGACAUGUAACCCAGGGCGCUCUCCUGCCAUCCUCCAAAUGACCCAGCACUCAUAUCCAUCGACGAGGGCGUGUUGA